ACCAGAUGGGUUUUAUGGUAAGUGACUAUAGCUGGCUGCAGAAAAUUUGCCUUCCUGGCAGUUGUGGAUGCCGAUCCGCCGCCCGAUAGCGCAGUGUGUAAAAUCUUACCGACGGAAAUCGGGUAGGGGUCACUUGUAAUUGCACGGGUGCGAGUUCACGUGGUUCCGACACAGCUUCCUUAGUCAGUGAAGUUCAAAACUCCUCCAGGUAUCGCUGUGUAGUGGAUCGAUCAAGCCUGCUGUGUUUAUCGGUGCAACUUGAGGUGACAGCAACCGCAAUAUUCCGGUCCAACCCUCGGUGCAUGCGGUCUGAAAGCACGGUCAGUAUCUUUGCAGUUCUCCGUGAUCAGGAUAAAGGACUAGAGAUGCAACGGACCGGGGUUCUGAGGGCCACCUUACUGGUGCUCUUGCUCGCCACUCCGGCGCUUUGCCAGAAGCCCAAGACGAAGCGACCGCCUGCCGUCCUGUCCAACCUGUCGUUCUUCAACCUGACCGGCAGGCCGCUGCUGCCGGGCGAGCUGAACACGGGAGACGGCGAGACAUCUAUGACUCCCCGGGACAUCCAGAGAACGGUGGACAGGCACAACGAGCAUAGGAAGAACAGGAAGGCUAGUGACAUGCAGCAUAUGACUUGGGAUGCUACCUUGGCCACCAUGGCCCAGCGCUGGGCCGAACGCUGCGUCUUCGAGCACGGCUUCGGGGAGAACAUCUCCCCGUACGAGUCGGUGGGCCAGAACCUGUGGCUGCGGCCAGGCGACCCCAACAAGCCCAUCUCCGGCGUGAUAGCCACUGAUGACUGGCACGAUGAGAUCAAGUAUUACUACUACGACAGCGGCGCAUGCUCUGAUGUCUGUGGCCAUUACACACAGGUGGUGUGGGCGGAGACUGACAAGAUAGGGUGUGGUCUGGCCUACUGUGGUUACAUCAGCGGCUACCGAGAUGCAUGGAACUUCGUCUGCAACUACGGCCCAGCAGGUAACUUCUAUGGGCAGAAACCGUACAACCUUGGUGAUGUGUGUACUGACUGCCCGACUAACAGCCCCUUCUGUUUUAACGGACUAUGCCGUCUUUGCAACAUAGACGAACCAGGCUGCUCUUGCCUGAUAACCUGCCAGAACUGUGGGAAACUUAACAGGAACAGAUGUCAAUGUGAAUGCCCCAACGGCUUCCAUGGAGCUCAGUGUGCCGGGGAAGAGGGAGAACUUGAAACGAAUGAAUCGUCUGUAUUUCUCGAUGAUAUGAUAUUGGUUUCAGAGGCAAGAGAUCCUGGCUUCACAUGUGAUCCCAACCAGCCGGGACCGCCAGACGUUAACCCCACCCCAGACUUCCUCUGUAACACCGCCUUCGACUCGGUGGCCAUGAUCAAUGGAGAACUGAAUGUUGUCAAGGGUAAGAGGUACUGGCGUUUCGACCGGCAAGGCAAGCUUAUCUCUGAGCCCUCCGGUGAACUGCUGAGGAACUACCACUCACUGGUCAAAAAGGGAGUCAAGGCGUUGUAUCAGAUCGGAACGCUGGGUUCGAACCAGGACACCAUCACCUUGAUUCGAGGCAAGAAGGUCUGGCGAUUCAACGGCAAUCGACAGCGUCUGCGCGGAUGGCCCCUGAACCUGUAUAACGACAUCGGCAUACGGGAAAAGAUCUCUGCUGCCGUGCACGACGAACGCUACGGCAUUACGUACCUGAUAGCAGCGAAGACAUCGGACGUGUACGAGUACGAUGAGGAAGGAGCCCAGCUGGUACAAGACAGGCCCUCGGGUAUCAAUGCGGUAUUCGGCGGGUUACCAACGAAGAUCACCUCUGCAUUCCGUCAUGGUGGUUCGUUUUUCUUCCUGCGAGGGAAGAAGGUGUUCGAGGUGAACCAGAACUCCAUGUCUGUGGUUGGGAAUCCAGUCUUCUUUGCGGAGAGAUUUCUUGGGUGCUAGUUGGAGAAAUAUUAAAGACAGUGGUGUGUAGGUUUGAGGAGAAUUAUAAGCUCACCCGCAUGUCGGUGUAAUUGUAUCUACUUAAUUACUCUACUCGACUUGUUGUUUGGUUAUUAGGCCAAAAAAAAAAUAGUCGGUCUCUGGUCAGACCGAAGUUCCGGAAUCGAUGCGGCGACGCGGUGUUUUUUAUUUUUUAUUUGGUGUUUUUUUUUUUCAAGCUUGUAUUGUACAGACAAGGUGGGUACUAUUUUGCUUUUUUGUGUCCUCAUUAUACAUUGGUGUCCUCCAUGAUUUGCCUUGGUGCCCUUUAUCAUUUGCCUUGGUGCAAUUUCCCAAAUCCUUGGUGCUCCAUGGUACA